AUGCAGGAGGAACUUUCCUUCCUGUGGAAGCUGCAGCUGAUAUACGGUAAGAAUGAGUUGUACCGCCAGCUGGAGCACCUGCUCGGGCGGCCGGAAAGUGUGGAGCAGGCGGAGGGGUACUACGACGAUGUAGAGGAGUUGGUAGCGCUCUUUUUACGCGAGGGAGGCAACGCGGGCGGGGAGGAGUCUCUGCUCGCGGCGCUUAACAGCGCCAUUAAUGCUGCUGAGGACGAUGAGCCCUCCAUUCCGUUGGAGCAGCUUCGCGGUCUUGUGCGUCUUAUGCAGACGAACCUGCGUGGCGUCGACUGGCCGAAGUGCCUUGAGGCCGGUGCGCUCGCGAUUGCGGAGAAGGAGCGGAGCGAAGCGGAGGCGGCGUUACGGCAGAAGUUGUUGCAGCAGGAGGAGGAAGAGGCGGCGCAGCGGGAUGAGCGGGGGCGGAGGGCGCUCGAGAGCCUUGCAACCGACGCUGCGGAGCGCCGUGCGGCGAUGAAAGUGCGGGCGGAGGAGAAGAUGCAGCUGGCGCAACUGGUGCGCAGCGGUCUGCUUGACGAGUCGGAGUUGCUGCAGCUACGUACCGAUGACGAGGAGGUGGAGCAAGUGGAGCUGAAUGAGGAGGAGCCGCGGUUUCUGCGCGGGUUGGUGCGACAUCGACUCAUCAACUACCGUGCACUGCUGCCGUCGGAGCAGUUGAUGCGGGCGAGUACGCCAGCGCAACGGGAGGCGAUUAUUGCGCGACGGGCCAUGCAGCAGACGACCGCCGAUGAAAUUGAGACGAACAGCAUGAAGCGUGCGGCGAUUUCACAGCAGCUACGCAACAAAGACCGGCAGAUUCUCCGAGCGAAGGAGCGGCGUCUGCAAAGACUGACCGAACACGCACGCGGCGGCGUGGACGACGGCUUUGCGCGCCGCAACAGAGGCGCCAACGACGGGGAAGGGGAGGAGGAGGAGGAGGGCGGGUGGGAGGCCAAAGGAAACGGCCAGUACAAUGGCAAUGCGGAUGACAACGGCAUACUCGGCCACGAGCUGCUGGAGCGUCCGGAGGAUCGUGCGGG